AUGAAGGUGCCCAAAAUUACUUUGACCCCUCAUCGGCGGCGGAGGCUGACCCAAGGCGGUGCAGGAUGUCUGGGGUCGGAGGCAGAGAUGAGCUGGAAUUAAAAUUUAUAAACGAAGAUGAGAAAAACCUUUAUGAGAAACUUUCUGAAAUGUUUCAAGAAGACGCCUCCACUGUCAUUGAUUUACCAGGAAUGGUGUGUUCUGAGCAUGUUGAGGAUGUUAAACCACCGACUCGGGAUGGAUGGAGGGAUCAACGCAAGGCUCAGCUGCUAGAGAGGAGAGCAGAAGACAUCCCUCGUUACAUGGAGCAGCUUAAAGAGCAUGUGCAGAAAGACAUGAUCCCAGUUGGCAGACCCAAUGUAGAACAGGAGGAGCGAUCAGAGCGAGAGAAGACAGAGAGAAAGGUGUGGGCGAGGAAACAGAGAGUAAUGUCGCUCUUACGGGGAAAUUCAAAGCUCGGGCACACACAUGAGGAAGAAGCUGUUCUACAGGACAGACUGUAUGCUGUGUUCCAGCGGGAGGAGAAUCGUUUGCUGAAUUCUCUACGUCAACACCAGGCUGAAGUCGUCAACAAAUAUGGUGAAAUUGUUGAAGAGACAGAAAACAUAGAGCUGCUAGGAAUCGAACCUGACGUCCACUGCCAGGUGGAAUGGAGUCAUACUCCGCAGCCCAUAGAGGUGUUUGUUUUCUGUUUGAGGGCCGUGAGAGACAAGCUGCCCAAAGGUCUGUACUCGCUGAACGUGUCUCUCCAGACUCAACUGGGCGGCCGCACGUUGUGUUGGUCCCGUCUGCAGGAGCAGCAGUGUGCUGGAAACACAGAACCCGUGGAACACCAGGGCAGAUACUGUGACAUGGAGCUUAACAUUAACCAGAGCCUUUACAUGCUUUCGCAGAGGAAACGAGGAAUUAACGAUAGUAGGAGGAAAGCUACAGCUCAUCAUGUUUUUCCUUGAGUGUCUCUGGCUGGUGCUUAAAGUUGCUUUGGUUUGAUCCAUCGUGGAGAUUUGAGUCUUUUCUUCAAGUGGGAUGUGAAAGCAUGUGGUUGUCCAAGCAAGGAAACGGAAGAUAAGAAGAAUAUUUCACUUUGCCAAUCUCAAGUCUUACUGUCAUUUUCUUUGCAACUCUUGGUUCUAUUGUCUCAUUCAGUGUGUUAAGAAAAACAGAAUCAGCAGCCCAUGCGGAAAGCGCACUUAAAGAAAUUGUUCAUUCCCGAAUUAUCACACUGCUAAAAAUGCUUUAAAGUUUUUUUUAGUUUUUAGUUCAAAUAUCAAAAAAUUCUUAAAUCAACCCCAAUGUCAUAAGACGUUAAUGUUAGGUUAGAUUUAGGUUGUCAUGUGGAGUGAUCAAAAUUUAAUGUUUAGCUAACAUCUGAGGACAGCAUUGUUUUGUCGUCCAAUAACGACGUCCAAAUGACAUCGAUGUUUGAUUGCUUUUAGGUUGCGUGGGAAAGUGACCAAAAUCCACUGUCGAGCAAACAUCUAAAAGCAAGAUCAUAUUGACAUUAAAUACUGAUAUUUAUUCAUCAGGUAUGGCAAGCAAAAUUCAACGUCUGAUAGAUGUCAAAGUUGUAACAUCCACACAACGUCAAGCUGUGAAAUCAUUGAUUUUCCUCGCAACGUUGGGGAACAAUGUCAAUCUGACAUCACGUUGACGUCCUGUGCCUGCUGGGAAUAAACAUUUGGUCUACAAAAAUAUUUUUGUUUUGUUUUGAGAAAAAAGUCAAAAUUAAAUUUUAAUUAUAAUGAAAAUUUGAAAUGGCAAUACCAACUGUCUGAAAAUUUACUGUGGUAAAGCUGAAACUGGUCUGAAACUGGUUGAAAUGUCUUCUAGACAUUAAUGACAGCAAAGGGAUUGCAUUUUGACAAUAUUGUAUUUUUUUAUAUCAAAACAAUUGUAUAUAUUAUGUACAGAA